GGGUGCGGGACUGCCGCUCUGCGCGGGGAGAGGUGGCCUGGGAAUGGCCGGGCCGGGGGUGGGCGGGAGCCGCUGUGGCGGCGGCGGCUGGGGGCGGUGAGCGCGGCGUGGGGCUGCCCCUCCCCGGAGGCGGCGGGGGCGGCCGGGGCCGCGCCGCACCGCACGGCGCGGGCGGCCAUGGAGCGAGCCUAGGGCCCGACAGGAACUGUGGAAGGUGCAUCAGUGAAGAAAUGGACCAGUGUGUAUAAUCAUGGAAUCUCCUUGCUAACCAUCACCACCAGCUCUCCUUAAUACAUGAGCAAGAGUGGGUCAGGGGAGAAGGAAAAGAGGUCAACAUGAAGCUAAAGCAGCGAGUCGUGCUGUUAGCAAUUCUCCUUGUCAUUUUUAUCUUCACCAAAGUUUUCCUGAUUGACAACUUAGAUACAUCAGCUGCCAACCGGGAGGACCAGAGGGCCUUUCACCGAAUGAUGACUGGCUUGCGGGUGGAGCUGGCACCCAAGCUGGACCAUACCUUGCAGUCUCCCUGGGAGAUUGCAGCCCAGUGGGUCGUUCCCCGGGAAGUGUACCCUGAAGAGACACCAGAGCUGGGGGCAAUCAUGCAUGCCAUGGCCACCAAGAAAAUCAUUAAAGCUGAUGUGGGUUAUAAAGGGACACAGCUGAAAGCCUUACUGAUACUUGAAGGAGGACAGAAAGUUGUUUUCAAACCUAAGCGGUAUAGCCGAGACUAUGUGGUGGAAGGGGAACCGUAUGCUGGUUAUGAUAGACACAAUGCUGAGGUAGCAGCCUUUCACUUGGACAGGAUUCUGGGUUUCCGCCGAGCCCCCUUGGUAGUUGGCAGAUUUGUUAAUCUUCGGACAGAGAUCAAACCUGUUGCCACAGAGCAGCUGUUGAGCACCUUCCUAACUGUAGGAAACAAUACUUGUUUUUAUGGGAAGUGCUAUUACUGCCGAGAAACAGAACCAGCUUGUGCUGAUGGAGACACAAUGGAGGGAUCUGUCACACUUUGGCUUCCAGAUGUGUGGCCUCUGCAGAAGCACCGUCACCCAUGGGGCAGGACUUACCGAGAAGGCAAAUUGGCCAGGUGGGAGUAUGAUGAGAGCUACUGUGAUGCUGUGAAGAAAACGUCCCCUUAUGACUCUGGCCCGCGCCUCUUGGACAUCAUUGACACAGCUGUGUUUGAUUACCUGAUUGGCAAUGCUGACCGCCAUCACUAUGAGAGCUUUCAAGAUGAUGAAGGCGCUAGUAUGCUCAUCCUUCUUGAUAAUGCCAAAAGCUUUGGGAACCCCUCGCUGGAUGAAAGAAGCAUUCUUGCCCCUCUGUAUCAGUGUUGCAUCAUUCGGGUGUCUACCUGGAACAGACUGAACUACCUAAAGAAUGGUGUGCUAAAGUCUGCCUUAAAAUCCGCCAUGGCCCAUGACCCCAUCUCCCCAGUGCUCUCUGAUCCUCAUCUGGACGCCGUGGACCAGCGGCUCCUGAGUGUCCUGGCCACCGUGAAGCAGUGCACCGACCAGUUUGGGAUGGACACAGUACUGGUGGAAGACAGGAUGCCUCUCUCACACUUGUAAUUCUCGACACGAAAUAAGUGAAACUUCUUUUUACAAAGAUAGAGAAACAGCACAAUCAAUUCCAAAUGGUAUGAGAUGGAUUGGAAGUGGCCAGCAGCAAGUUCUGGUGAUGGGACAGGGUGGCCUUGGAUGUCUUUGGUAUUUUCUGUAGUGGAAACUAAAGCAAAGACCACAAGUUUCAGAGCGUGGAGACAUUCCUGCUGAAUCGCCUUCUCACCUCCUCGGCAAUUGCCUAUUCUAGCAUUGCGCAUCAUAGUUGGUCAGUCUUAAUUCCCAUGCCAAAGGACAAACAGAGGUGUGACAUUUGGAUAGAUGAAUACUGGGAUUGGCUCUGGAGCGUGUGUUUUGAGUUGAACCUUGCAGUCCUUUCUCCACGCCCGUGGAUUUUGUGGAAACACUUUGCAAUCUCUUUGUCUUUUUUUUACCAGAACUAGUUACAUCGGAAUGCUUACUGUCCUACAGAGUGGCAGCAAAUAAAACCUUGCAUUCUAUCAAGCCAAAAUAGCACACUCUGUUGGAGGAGAUACAUGUUUAAGAUAGAAUUGGAGGGAAGGACAAAAACAGAAAGAUGUUUGGGCUUUUAAGCCAUUGAGUAGUAUUGUUUUGAUGAUCUUAGAGGAGAGAAGAAGAGAGAGAGACCCACUGGUAGAACCAGAAUCAGGGAGAUGACUGAACUAUUGAAAAACAGGUUCCCUUGUAUUUAGGAUCUUAAGGUGUGUAAAAAGCAAACAUGACUUUGCACCUAAGUAAAUUCUGCAUUCUCAUAGUUGUGUCCCAAUUAACCAAAAAGUUGUCUCUAGAGAAAAUACUAUUACAAUCUAAGCAUGAUUCUCUGUGGAGACUAAUUUUUUCCCCUUUUGCCAAAAGCAGUCCUUCCCAAAUUAACAAAGCAAACUGAAAUAAUACCUUGAAUAACAGGUUGCCUGUGGUCUCUGUCAUCCUCAUUUCUCUUCUGAAAUGAAUUUCCACCUCUGCCUUUAAGGCAUUUUGUCACUGAAGCUGCUGUUCCCAAGAGAUGGGCAACCUUUUUGUCCCUUUCUCAUAAGAAAGGGACACUCCUGCAGGUGAGAGUGUAUACCUUACUGGUGGCUGGACUUAUCUUGUGAUUUGGGGCCAUGGAAGACUGGAAAGAAAGAUUUUAAGCUUUCUUUUUUCUUUUUUCUUCUUUUUUUGAGACCAAGUCUCACUCUCUUGCCUAGGCUGGAGUGCAGUGGCACGAUCUUGCCUCACUGCAACCUCCGCCUCCCGGGUUCAAGCGAUUCUCUUGCCUCAGCCUCCAGAGUAGCUGGGGUUACAGGCGCCUGCCAUCGUGCCCAGCUAAUUUUUAUAUUUUUAGUAGAGACAGGGUUUUGGGUUUCACCAUGUUGGCCAGGUUGAUCUCGAACUCCUGACCUCAGGUGAUCCACCUGCCUCAGCCUCCCAAAGUGCUGGGAUUACAGGCAUGAGCCACCAUGCCUGGCCAAGAUUUUAAGCCUUCUGAGCCUUGAAAUUGAGGAGGUUAAAAGGAAGAGCCUUAAGAUUUUGAUUUAUGUCAAAUCCUAAUUCUGUCAUUCAGUCUUGUUUGGAGUUUUGAACCCAUGAUGUUGUAUUAUGCUUCUUUCUCCUCUUAGCACUCUCAAAUUUCAGGUUUGUAAAACACAGUUUUCGUUUUGUGUUCUGGCAAAGUGAUCUCGACAUGAAAGUAGUUGCAGUAGAACACAGGGCAAAGGAAGACAGGCCUGAUGUGCCCACUCACCUGUGGACUCAGAGCUGUGUGCUUUGCUCCUGCAUCUUGUUGAGGUGCUGUUCCAGCUUUGCAUUUCUGUCAAGCAGAGGCGAAUAUAUAAACAGUGUGGUUGAAUACAUUUAAUGCCAGCCAUUGGAAACUAGUUUUAGGCAACCACUCUCACAAACAGCUUUAGAAUUUAUGCCCAGUUUUCUUGUAUUGAAAGAUAACUGAGUAACCUGUAACUAUUUUUAAAUGGCAUGAAAUUAGGAAACUUUUGUACAUUUUAUAUACAUUUUGAGAUGAAUAGAACAAUGGGCUGAGUUAUAAAAAGGGUGUAUUGAAUUUAAGAAGACAAACACAAAACACAGAAUUCGUGUUAACCAAAGGAGGCAUUGAUUUCAUUUUAAGGCUACUCACUGUUGUGUGUCCAGGGAAAUUCACAGCUCAGUAUGAGAAUACCUUGGUUAGUGCUCACCCACAAGCUUCCAGGAGCCAGCUGGGAGGAGACAACAGGAAGAGAUGUCAGCUCUGCUCUCCCUGUAAAUGUUAGUUGAACUAAGUUAUGGAUUUGUGGUCUUUCAAAUACAUGAUGCCUUUAGUAUGCCACCCUGAAAUGAAUAAGAAGUCUUCUGAAACUGGGAACUUCAUAACAUUGAAGGCAGAAGAUUCUCCUAAGGAAAAAAGCAGGCAGGAAAGAAAAUGUCUCAUCCUUUCUUGAAAGCAUUUGCAGAAAAUAUAUCAUUUCAUUUUAUUCCCAUCUGUUUUCAAACUCGUGAUCCUAAAAGGCAUUCUGAUCAUAAAUUUAGAAUUUUCAUCCAUAAAAUGUAGAACUCUAAUCCAUAAAGUUAGAAUUGAGCUAAUAGAGUGGUAUGACAUGGCACUGAAAAUAUAAAUUUUUGUUUUAAGUCAGGAUUGGAGUAAGCUGGAAAAGUAUAUUUAGGCAAAUCUUGGAGAAAACCAACCAUAAACUUACAGCUCUAAAAUUCAGAAAGCCCUAAAAUUUCAAACACUGUUUGAAAGAAGAGGUGGGGGCCGGGCGCCGUGGCUCGUGCCUGUCAUCCCAGCACUUUGGGAGGCUGAGGCGGGCAGAUCACCUGAGGCCAGGAGUUCGAGACCAGCCUGGCUGGCCAGCAUGGUGAGACCGUCUCUACUAAAAAUGCAAAAAUUAACAGGGCACGGUGGCGUGCGCAUGUAGUCCCAGCUACUCGGGAGGCUGAGGCAGGAGAAUCACUUGAACCCAGGAGGCGAAGGUUGCAGUGAGCUGAGAUUGUGCUACUGCACUCCAGCCUGGGAGACAGAGCAAGACUCUGUCUUAAAAAAAAAAAAAGGAGGUGAAUUUUUUUUUAAGUUUUGUAACACUGUCCUACUUUAUUUAUUAGAAUCUAAGGCUGUUACAAUCAAGUUGUUGCAGGGUUUGGAUCAGCUGUAAGUUAGGUAUGCCUACCAAACAUCCAAAGGUAGAUGUGGAGACAUUUUAAUACUACAAAACUAGGAAAAUCAGAACUCAUGGCCAUUUCCUGCCCUCCUCCCACUUGUUAAAACAUGUUUAUUCUAAAGUUUGAAUGGAUAAAUUUGAGUAUAAAGGUUUUGUUAUAAAACUAUUCUUUAGUGUGAGGCUGCAUUGUGGGUUUGGGGGAAGUGUAAAUAAUUUUCUGUGUAAAACAAAUUCAUAGGAUCUGAUUUGCUCAGAGUAUUAUUCAAGAAUGUAUUAAUAAGGCAUUGCCCCCUGUUUGCACUCAGGGUUAAUAUGUCAAAUGAAAUUUAAGAAGGAAAUGGAAGAAUUCAGGUACACUAAUUGUAUAUUAUUUUGGGAAAGAUGAGUCCUAUACGUGGCAAUUUUUCAAUGUCACCCGAAGCCAGCAUUGUCUUCCAAAGAAAUUGAUCUUUUUUUUAAAAAAAAAGAAAAUGCUUUUGCCUUCCCUUCCCUUCCCAUCCACCAUAUUUCUUCAGCCUUUCUUCUCGAUCACCCGUGUAUUCUUUGACCAGUAAAUGACCACACCUCAGUGAUGGUAAAACAGCAUCAUCGGUAAGCUAUCUUAUAUGCCUCAUCCUGUGAGUUUGAGCUUCAGGAAACAUGAGUAAAAGUAUAUGUAAUGUAUAUAGUCGUAUAUGUAUUCUAGCAAGAAAAACAUAUUUAUUUUGACAAAGGGGAACACUGACUUUCUGAAGGAUUUGCAGCUAGUGAAAGGUUCUCAGUCUCUGAGAGUGGACCCUAAUUAACAUAAAGACCAUUCAUCAGCAAAUACCUACUGAGCAACUCUAGUGUGCCAGCACAGGCCAGACAUACUAGUGAGCCAGGCACAUCUGGCCUCGGGAAACUCAUUCUACAGGGGAAGGCCAGUUUUUUUUCCCUUCAUUUCCUCAAGUCUGGGUGGUGACGAGGUAGGGGCUAGGUACUGGACUACCACAGGUUUUUAGGAACUAAGGUGUUUCUCAUAAACACAAAAUGUUGGGUGAAACUGGGAACAACUUACUCAGAAGCUAAUUUAUUUGCUUAAAUGGAAAGUGUGGGUGCCACUACCCUCUCUUUUGAUCUGCCAAGGAUUUCCUCUCAGAGCUGUUGCACAGACAGAGAUUGUACUUGGUAAGAUACCAAACAAGACAGAUAUGGAUCUAAAUUUCUAAUGUGUUCUAUGGGUUUCAAUUCUGAAAAAAGAAAAUGAAUAAAGAUUUUAAUAAAUA